GUCAGAGCACUGUGCGAGAAGGCCAAGGAGAUCUUGAUGGAGGAGAGCAAUGUUCAGCCUGUAAGGAGUCCUGUUACAAUCUGUGGUGAUAUUCACGGGCAGUUUCACGAUCUUGCGGAACUGUUCCGAAUUGGUGGAAAGUGUCCGGAUACAAAUUACUUGUUUAUGGGAGAUUAUGUAGAUCGUGGCUACUAUUCUGUUGAAACUGUCACGCUGUUGGUGUCUUUGAAAGUUCGUUAUCCUCAGCGAAUCACCAUUCUUAGAGGAAACCAUGAAAGCCGACAGAUCACUCAAGUUUAUGGAUUCUACGACGAGUGCUUAAGGAAGUAUGGAAACGCAACUGUGUGGAAAACCUUUACGGAUCUGUUCGACUACUUCCCCUUGACAGCAUUGGUUGAGUCGGAAAUAUUUUGCUUGCACGGUGGAUUAUCACCAUCCAUUGAGACACUUGAUAACAUACGUAACUUUGACCGCACGCAAGAAGUUCCUCAUGAAGGGCCCAUGUGUGAUCUUCUGUGGUCUGAUCCCGAUGAUCGAUGCGGUUGGGGUAUUUCUCCUCGAGGCGCUGGAUAUACCUUCGGACAGGAUAUAUCAGAGCAGUUCAAUCAUACCAAUAACUUAAGACUUAUUGCUAGAGCUCACCAGUUGGUGAUGGAGGGAUUCAACUGGGCUCAUGAGCAAAAAGUGGUCACCAUAUUUAGUGCACCUAAUUAUUGCUACCGCUGUGGAAACAUGGCAUCAAUCUUGGAAGUUGAUGAUUGUCGGGAGCAUACUUUCAUCCAGUUUGAGCCGGCCCCGAGAAGGGGAGAGCCAGACGUAACUCGUAGAACGCCAGACUAUUUCCUGUGAUGAUGCGAAAUCGGUGUGGACCUCUGCACCAAAGGUCUGAUAACUAGCUGAAGUUUCAUGGCUGCAGAUAAAUCUUUUUGCU